AUGUGCAUAACUCUAGAUAAAUUUCACACUUCUACACAAGCAUUAUUCAGAAGGAAAUUACAAUCAUUACCACCAGGACACGAAUCAAUUGUUGUAAAUGUGCCAUAUAAAUUAGUACUUAAACUUUUAUUAACAGCAAAAGACAAUGGUUGA